GCAAAUUGAGUAUAUGGAUCGCGCAGCGGUGAUAUGAGAAGGGGCAGAGGGCGCUGGUGGCGAGGUUGUGGUGUUUGUGUUGAUCAGUGUGUGUGAGAGGCAGACAGUGUACCACUGGAGCCCCGGCAAGACUGAAGUCCCAGUGUUGCUGUAGUUUUCUGGCAGCAUCAAAGUUGGUUCAAAGGGUGGGAAUCAUGUUUCCAUCAGCAGUGGCCAUGGGUGUGGCCGGUGUCCUUUGUUACGCCACCAACCUUGGUGCCUCCAUGAUAACCAUCUGUGCACUGGCUCUUUAUUUAAGUCUUGGGGGCUCCCAGACACUAUGGCUUAUUUACAGAACAUUACCUCGCGAUGUAAAGGGUUUGUACCGCUACCUCAGAUUAUUGAAGAGGAUUCACCAUGCCAAGAGGAAUAACCUUAGCGUACCAAAAAUUUUCCAAGAGGUUGUGCGGAAAAAUAGAAACAAAGUAGCAUUUUAUUUUGAAGAUGAGACGUGGACUUUUCAACAGGUUGAUGAACUGAGUAACAAAGUUGGUAAUUAUUUUGCUGCGAAAGGUGUGAAACAUGGCGAUCCUGUUGCACUGUUCAUGGAGAAUUGCGUGGAAUAUGUGUGCAUAUGGCUAGGCCUCACAAAAAUUGGCGCUAUACCAGCCUUGAUAAAUUACAACCUUCGUUUUGACUCGCUGAAACACUGUAUCAAUGUGGCUGCUUGCAAAGCUGUAAUUUGUGGAGCAAACAUUCAGGCAGCCUUGGCUGAGGCUAGAGAAAGUGAUGACUUGUCCAACCUUCCUGUAUAUGUAUUUGGCACUGGUGAAAAUGAGCUCAUCCUCAAAGAUGCUGUAAACAUGGAUGUUGGUAUAAAGGAAUCACCAUCAACAACUCCUCCUCAAAUUGAUAGUGUGAAUUUCUCUGACAAGAUGGUGUUCAUAUACACUUCAGGCACUACUGGUAUGCCUAAAGCUGCUGUUAUUAAACACUCAAGGUAUUUGUUCUUCACAUCUGGCGUGUAUUACUUAGCAGCGCUUGACCCCAGUGAUGUGAUAUACGACCCCCUUCCGCUAUACCAUACUGCAGGGGGCAUGCUUGGGACUGGGCAGGCUCUUCUUUAUGCCUGCUCGACAGUUAUUAGAGUCAAGUUCUCGGCCUCAAAAUAUUGGGAGGAGACCAUAAGAUACAGUGUCACGGUUGCACAGUACAUUGGCGAGAUCUGCCGCUAUCUCCUCAACACGCCCGAGAAGCCGGAGGAUAAACGCCAUAAUAUCCGCUUAAUGUUUGGUAAUGGGCUGCGGCCUAACAUAUGGAAAGACUUCCAGUCGAGGUUUAGUAUCCCCAGAAUUAGUGAGUUCUACGGCUCGACUGAAGGGAAUGCUAAUAUCAUCAAUAUGGAUGGUAAACCUGGAGCAGUUGGCUUCGUGUCGGUGCUGUUCCCAAGUGUUUAUCCUGUGGCUCUCAUCAAGGUUGACGAGGACACCAGAGAAGUUGUUAGAGAUGCUAAUGGAAUGUGCAUAUUAUGCAAACCAGGAGAACCUGGUGAGUUUAUUGGCAAGAUAGUAAAGGAUGAUCCUGUCCGAGACUUCCACGGGUAUGCAGAUGACAGUGCGACGAAGAAAAAGAUUGUGCGGGAUGUCUUCAAGAAAGGAGAUUAUGCCUUCCUCUCAGGUGACAUUCUCAUGAUGGACGAGGAAGGUUACUUGUACUUCAAGGAUCGUACAGGAGAUACAUUCCGCUGGAAGGGUGAAAAUGUGUCGACUAAUGAAGUUGAAGCAGUUAUCUCCAAAGUAGCCGGUCAUGCGGAUGUGGUGGUGUAUGGUGUUGAGGUUCCUGGUGCCGAGGGUCGUGCAGGCAUGGCAGCCAUCUUGGAUGGUGAAGUGUCUCUGAACUUAGAGGAACUUUAUGCAGGGGUUAUGAGGGCACUUGCUUCAUAUGCUCGUCCUUACUUUGUUAGGAUUGCCAAGGAAUUAGAAAUGACUGGAACUUACAAGCUUAAGAAAAUUGCCAUCCAAAAAGAAGGCUUUAACCCAAAUGUCAUCAAGGACAAGAUAUACUUCUUGGACGCCAAGAAAAAGGAAUAUGUUCCACUAACAAUUGAUCUUUAUGACAAGAUUGUCAGUGGAGAAGUCAGAUUUUAGGCUAAUAGGAUUUGCAUUCUUAGAAAAGUUUUAAAGCAGCUUUGGUGCACAUCUGUUGUAACUUAACAUUUGACUUGUAAGGUUAAUAUCACGUUCAGGUUCAAGCCGUCGCUAGUGAAACUUGACCGAUAUUGACUUGCAAAGUCUACCAGUACCGUUGUGUGGAUUAAUUCUCAGACUAAUUUUAUGGCUCAUUUUGAGGCUGACUACUCAUUGGGUAUAUAUAUUUGUUUGCAGGCGAUGAGUCACAAUAACAUGGCUGAAGUAUGUUGACCAGACCACACACUAGAAGUUGAAGGGACGACGACGUUUCGGUCCGUCCUGGACCAUUCUCAAGUCGAUUGUCGAAACAUCGUCGUCCCUUCAACUUCUAGUGUGUGGUCUGGUCAACAUAUAUUUGUUUGUUAUAUAUAUAUAUACACCAAUUAUAUACUCUAAGGGCAGCUUCAGAAUGAGAGUAACGAACAAUGCAUAAUGAAGCUCUGCUCGCCCAACAAUUUGUACAAUUUUUUGUUGCACUAGUUAAAGUUCGAGGGUGUGGCAGAUGUGUGUGUGUGUGU